AACAGUGCGGAGGGUCAGGAUGCGGAGGGCUCAAUGUCACACAGCUUUACCAGCGGACACACCGCCAGGAUCAGUUGUUAAAUCAUAGCGGUCGUUACAUCUGGAUAAUUAGGACAAUCUGCAGAGAGACAAAGACCUUCUCAAGAGGUCCGUCUCUCUCCCCCUCCCUCCUUCUUCUUUUGUCAGACACCCACUGCUCUACAAUGUCCACCCAUAUGUGUAGACUGGUGGAGCUGAUGAUGCACUCUGCUUGCUGUCAUACCAUCAGAAGUAGAUCAUGUUUGCGUAAGGCAGUGUUGGUUCCUUUGGGUCCCUCAAGCCUCAGUGUUCCUGGAGCUCCCAUCCUUCACAGGCGGACCUACAGCCUGGACUCUCUCUCCUCAGGCCCUGGUCGGCCCACACUUGGUACAAGCUCCCAGCAGCCCCGUGCAGAGAGGACAUCCCCCUCCUCAGCACUCGCACACAGGAAGCUGUCUGCUGUGGCUGUACAGGGCCAACGGCGUCGUCUGUGCCUUUAUGACUAUCUGGACCUUGGGGAGGUAGAGGAGAAUGUACGCCGUGCUCAGUCCUGUAAAAAACACAGACACAUCAUAGUGGACCCAGAGCUGGCUAAGCUGGUAACAGAGCACCUGGGACCUGACCUGCAGGAUGCUAAAACUGUUAUCAUUGACUGUAACCCAGGUCCUGGCGUGAUGACUAAGACGAUGCUUAACGCUGGAGCUCAGAGAGUUGUGACUCUUGAGAGUGAUAAGUCAUUUGUACAGGAACUACAGGAGUUAGAAGGUCACCUUGAUGGUCAGCUGGAAGUGGUUCACUGUGAUUACUUUAAACUGGACCCCAUCGGCACUGGAAACCUCAGACCCCCUGUCAUGUUCACUGACAAGCUUUUCACUGACCUGGGAAUAUCAGAAGCUAACUGGACUGAUGAUGUCCCGGUGAAGGUGUUUGGCAUCCUGCCCCAGCGAAAUGAGCGCAGCCUACUGCUGAAGAUGGUUUACGCUUUGUUUGAACGGCUAUCUGUCUACAGAUACGGAAGAAUAGAGCUCAACUUCUUUAUGAGCGAGAGGGAAUACCGGAAACUGGUGGCGCGUCCAGGUGAAAUGAGGUACUACAGAGCCUUUGGUGUCCUCUGGCAGAUGGCAUGUGAUAUCGAACUACUGCACAAGGAGCCUUGGGAGUCGUUUGUGACGCCUUCAAGACAAAGUGCACCUUCUACAAAAGGCCUUCUUCCCAAUGAUCACCUGUGCCUGGUGCGUCUGCGUCCACGGGCUGAUCUGUUCUCUGCAGGCCUCACACCCUCCAAUGCUUCCACUCUGCUGAUGAUGGUCAAACAGUGUCUGGCAAAGAGGAAGGUCAAGCUCAUUGACAGGCUUAAUCUCUGGUCACCAGAUAGUGGGAGUAAAUUGUUAUCAGAAAUGGAAAUGCCAGAGGACAUCCUGACAGGCCACGUAUAUCCAGAGGAAUAUCUUCGACUGUUCCAGCUGAUGGACAAGAGCAAUGAGUUCACACAGAGCUGGCUUUAUGAAGAGAUCCUAGAGAAUACACAGAGAGAGGGAUGGGGCUAAUGUAUAUAUGUAAGGAAAUGUGCAUAGAUUUAUUUAAUCAAAGACAAAAGAAGUCCAUGCAAACACAUGUAUAAUAUAUUGCCUGUAAAAUAAUUAAGAAAUGAAUAUGUCUGGUAUGAAACGAGGACAGAGAAAACACAUACAUAAAGUUACAAAUAUCCAUGAAAACACAAAAUGUAAUAAGAAAAAUGUUCAUGAAAUGGACACAGCAGAAUAACUUGACUGUAAAAAUACUUUUGUUACCUCACAUCAUACACUUCUGUUUGGAGUGACUGAAAUGAUGGAAAUGCUUGUGUUGUUACUGUACUUUAAAGAAGUGGAGGAACAGCUUGAGAUGAGCCUCUGUGAUGUCCUGAUCUGGGAUUUCCAUGAAUUGAGAUUUCAGCCAAAGAGUCAGCAGUAGAAGUGCUUCUUUCUGGGCCCUCACUUCUGAUGAAAGGAAAGGAUUUAAAAAUUGUCUAAUAAAUGUCAUUAUUGUAAUAAUAAUAAUAAUUUAAGUCAUAUUUUUAACAUAUUUUGAAAAAUGCCGAAGAGGGUUAAAAAAACCUCAGUCAUGCAAAUAAUUCAGAAAUGACUGUGUUCUACAUUUGAUGGAUACGUGAUUAAAUUGCAAUUCUUCUAAAACAGUGUACUGUGACAGCAGUUAUGGGAAGUUCACCAGAACUCACCCUGUAUGUAUCCUGCCGUAGUAUUUAAUCAUUUUCGAAACAGACAUCCAGAGUGAACUAGCAGGAAUUGUGCAGUAAAAAGGGAUGCAUUGUCAUUGUCAUUUUAUGUCUUGUAAAGUUUUGAGUGUUCGAAGUGAAUGAAUAAGCUUUUUUAAAAUGUCAUGGAGUGUAUGUUGCUUGUCCAAUAUAAAUUUUAAACAAAUGAGGAUUUUGAUGUGUAGUUUGGGGGAGAAAUUGCCUACAGUCCUAUCCAGUACAUCCUCACUCCAUUAGCAAUCACAUUUUGAGGAGUUGGGGUGUUCUGCCAAACUAAAUCUAUUCCCUUUCCACAGUGAAAAUUGUGAUUUAUCUGAGU